AUGACAGACAAAGUGAGCGAAGGAGGGCGCGAUUUGGAUCUGGAAAAGAGUUGUCGUGCUCGGCCGAAUGCGACCCUCAGCACCCUGCUCGACAUGUUCCUACAGGCUCACCCUGACAAAGGGAAGACGGCUCAGGAGAAGCUGGAUAUGGACAAGACGUACAAGCCUGGAGAUGAUGUUAUACCAUCAGUAGACCUUGGACAGGUAUCGGAUGAUGAGGAUGAGGAGGAACAACAGAUGCUGGCUCAGGCGCGCGAGCUGAGUCUCAACGACGUGGGUCUUGGGAACCGUCCAACUGCUGCGGAACACCAGAGGCACGCACGCCAGAAUCGCCGUCGUGACGACUCGCCCCGAUCAGCCCAAAUCAAGAAGACGCCAUUACUGACUCCAUCGCGCGAGCAUAUCGUUCUCGCCGCCGUCAAGACCGUCGUGACCGUCAUCAUAAUCGUGACCGUUCUGCUGCUCGUCCCUCUCCACGAACAUCUGCUCAUCGUCGUUCUCCUCACUCCUCAGCACACAGGCAUUCUCCGUCUGCUUCAGCCCAUAGACAUUCUCCUUCAGGCUCAACCCACCGUCGGACUACUUCAACUACCACAACACUUACCCAGCAUGCCUUGGCUUCGGUCGAAGCUCAAGCCUCCCCAGCCAGGCGCCAUGCUGCUUCAGCUCAUCACUCUCGUCGAAUCGACACAGCAGUCGAUCGGCACCGUCAUCUAG